AUUUUACCAUCGGAUGCGCACAAAAACGUGCAUGUGUGCAGUUAGAGAUAAUCCAUUAAUAUUGCUGAGUAGCAUUGGCUACUUGUCCGUCUCUCCAUUUCACUUACUCACUCACUCAUUCAAUUAAAUUCUCUCUCUCUUUUCUCUCUCUCCCUCUCUCUCUCUCUUUCUCUCUCUCACACGCACACACACCCUCCGUCUCUCGCUCUUUCUCUCUCUCUCUCUCUGAAAGGGGAGGACCGCCUAAUAGAAGGGUCUUUUCUUCUGCUGGGGCAGGUCUAUACGAUAAGGGGAGUGUUGUUAAUAGCUAAUCAGAGAGGGGUCAGACCAGCCACAUAGCCUACUGUAUAAAGAGGACCCUCACUGCGAAAGGACGGAACAUUUUCCAACCAGCCGUCUCACGGGAGGGAAUAUCCACUGUACAUGUAGAGGCUUUCAUAUCUGACACCGCUGGCAGUAGUUUGCGAGAUGGGCUCGGUAUUACCCGCAGAGGCUUUAGCCCUAAAGUCUGGAUUUAAAUGUCAGAGUCGGUCCUUAUCUGAUAUUAUCACCUCAGACAUUCUGCACAGUUUCUUGUAUGGAAGGUGGAGAAAUGUGAUCGGGGAGCAUCUGAUGGAGGAUAGACAGAGUAGCAUCAGUCCCAAGACAGCCUUCACAGCUGAGGUCCUCGCGCAGUCCUUCGCCGGAGAGGUUCAGAAGCUCUCCAGCCUGGUGCUGCCCAGUGAGGUGAUCAUUGCCCAGAGCUCUAUCCCUGGCGAGGGCCUGGGCAUUUUCUCCAAGACCUGGAUCAAGGCGGGCACAGAGAUGGGUCCGUUCACUGGCAGGGUAAUCUCCCCUGAGCACGUAGACCUGCUCAAGAACAACAACCUCAUGUGGGAGGUGUUCAACGGGGAUGGCACGGUGCGCUACUUCAUUGAUGCCAGCCAGGAGGACCAUCGCAGCUGGAUGACCUAUAUCAAGUGUGCACGCAACGAACAGGAGCAGAACCUGGAGGUGGUGCAGAUCGGCAGCAGCAUCUUCUACAGAGCUGCAGAGACUAUCCCCCCAGACCAGGAGCUGCUGGUGUGGUAUGGAAACUCCCACAACACCUUCCUUGGUAUUCCCGGCGUUCCCGGUACUGAGGAGCAUCAGAGAAAGAGCCGGAAUGAGGACUCUCACUCCUGUGACGGCUCUUCAUCUUGCUCCCCCUCCUCCUCUUCUUCCUCGUCUGUGACCAGCCGCAUGCGCUGCGUCAUCUGCCACCGGGGCUUCAACUCUCGUAGCAACCUGCGCUCCCACAUGCGCAUCCACACCCUGGACAAGCCGUUCGUCUGCCGCUUCUGCAACCGCCGCUUCAGCCAGUCGUCCACCCUGCGCAACCACGUGCGCCUGCACACCGGAGAGCGCCCCUACAAGUGCCACGUGUGCCAGAGCGCCUACUCCCAACUGGCAGGGCUACGGGCACACCAGAAGAGUGCCAGGCACAGACCAGGGGCGGCGGGCGCAGACACUGCCUCCCAAGUCUCACCUCCUCCCCCACCGAUCAACAGCCUGACCCAACACCAGGUCCCCCUGGUUCACCAUAUCCCCACCAUAGUGCUAUGACAGCAGAGAGGAGAGAGAGACACUUGCUAAUGCAAACUACACUUGACCCAUGCACACCUGGGUCACAGGUUGCUCUCUCUCUCUCUCUCUUAGGGGAUGGGCAGCCACUCUUUACUCGUGUGGCAGGUAUUGCAAUAACUUUGUGUUGGGCCAGAGAGUAUGACUGGGUUUAUGCCUGGUGGGUUGAACUGAUGGUACAGACAUUCUUAAAUACUUUUUACUGGUUGCCUUAUUUACAAUCUAGUCUCCUUAGACUUACUGGAUAUUAUGUUUGUAAUUCUCACAAAAAAGGUCUCAUGUAGAGGGUCAACUGUUAGAGUCAACUGUUCUACUAGUGCCUGCACAAAGAACCUGAACAAAGGACUGAAUGUUGGUUUCAAGAGUAUUUUGAGAGUAACUGUCAGUUUGUCUUUGUUUGUAUACUCAAAACAGUAUUGCAAGGACGCAGGAGACCAAAGGAAAUGGUGUUCUAUUCAAGUCAAUAAUUCAAUUGGUAAAGACAAGUACUCUGUAUUUCAGAUAAUUAUGUUUUACCAUAACAAGUUAAGAUUUUGGGUGGUUCUGUCAUGAAUUCAACUUUACAUCCUGUCAACUUAGCCCCACCAACUCAGGGAGACGGUUGCUUGAAUAGUAAAGUAGCAAAGGAGAAUUCAAAUGAAAUAUACAGUAUGUAGAAAUUGGAGAGCAGCAGUGUACAUUCAUUUCAGACAUGUCAAAAUUUGACACUGUGUAAUAGACACUUUAUUUCUGUAUAUUCAUGUAAAGCGUUGUUUAAUUCUGAACUGUAUGUGAAUGUAAAUACAUAUGCGCUUUCCUUAUAUUCUAAAUAAAUAGAGUCUCCAGACUCCAGAGCUCCCAACUGCAGCUGGAGCCAAACUCCAUCAAGAGGAAGAAACUGUUAGACAGGGCAGAGAGAGGCACAAUAUGAUCACACCUAACAGCAAUACUGAAAUCCACAAGAUAAGUACAAAUAAUACAGACAGAAUAUUCCAACGAAAUAACAACACAGCAAAAAGACUAGAUUUAUCUGGGGUGUUCCCCAUACUGGAGCCAUGUUGAGGCAUUGGGUCCAGUGUAGCAGUGACAGAAGUGCAGGAGACAGUAGCCUCAGGGAGGAGGCUGGCUGGGACAGAGGCUCCAGGGCAGCUGUGUUGGAAAAAUCUUCUCUCAGCCUCAUUGCAAAAUGUGUAGAAUUGUAUGAGAUUAGCUAUAAAACUGCACAUUUUUCUCUUUGCACAAAGGCAAAAUGUGUACAUUUGCAGGAAGUUGGCUCAAAUUUCCGCAGGCCCACCCACCAACAAAUUUCUGGCUACACUACUGCUCCAGAGACUCCAUCAGGACUAGUAGGCCAGGUUGGAGAUUCGGUCUGACCUGUUAAUGAAUGGCAGACAAACAUGCAAGUAACAAACCAAAAUAUGUUUUACAUGUUAUAUUCCUUUUCAUUCAAAAAUGUCUUACUGAUCACUCUGACACUUACCUGUCUCAAACAGAAGUUGCCAGCGUGUUUUUAGUUUUAACACCACCUUGGCUUCCAGGUGGCCUUCAUACACUACUCUCUCUGCCAGAGUUUUUGGUUUGAAGACAUUGGAAUUCAUUUUACACGAUUUAAGCUUGCUUAGCAAAAUUGUGUUAUGAAUGUAAAUGUGUGUCUGCUGAAAAAUCAGCAUGUUUGGUUCUGUUUCCAGGGGGAUUUUAAUUAUGAGGUAGCUAAAGGCCACUUCCCAAAUCUGGUUGAAUCAACGUUGUCCACGUAAUAAAAAAAAACAAUAUUAAUCACUGUGAUGACGUUGAAUCAAUGUGGAAAACGGAUUGGUAUUUGCAAAUCAUCAACGUAAAGGAAUUUCGUAUUUUUUCUGCCAACUUUUAACCAAGCCCUGCUGCCGUCAGAUGGCGCUAUAAUUCCUGAUUUCGUUUGACAUUGGAGAAUAACGUUGUUGUUGUUGAUUUCACGUUGAAGUCACGUUUGUUGACUUAACCAAAUGUAAAUUAAAACUAGAUUUGAAAUUACGUCUGUGCCCAGCGGGAGACUAUUCCACAGAACUAGAAUGAGAUUCUAGUUUAUGGGGAUAGUCAUCAGUGACAAUGACUGGGGUUAACAUUGGUUUGGAAGAAUACAUACAAAUAAUACAUUUAUUGUUUUAAUAUGUGAUUUUGUGUUUGUUUAUUUAUUGCCCUUUUUACACCUAAUAAUAAUAAAAAAUGCUGAAGGUGGGUUGAAGUACUGCUUCACGUUCACCUGAUGGCGCAAGAAACUAAAAA